GGUUCUCAGCGCCGUGGCUACACACACACAUACAAUGAAAGGGGAGGUUGAGUCUGAGGAGUCAGAUGAGCGUCUCGCACACUUAUGACAGGAUAUUGCAGCGGUACACGAAGAAAAAGAAAGAAAACGGAGAUGGUCUUGCGAUGCAUCAUACAGAAACCUAAAAAUGACAAUAACUGUAGCUGAAAUCGGGACGGUGACAAAGGUAGUCUAGCAGUGUCCAGUUGUAAAAUAGCUCCUCUUUUUUUUUUUUAGAAAACGUGACCCACGAUUAGCCUAAUUGCAGCGGUUUUGGCUCGCACAACGCUGAAUAUUCGUCCUUAGAGACACCAACCAACGUAUUUGACAGGUAGUUUUAAUUUAAAGGACAAACCUGGAACGAUUACAGAAUGGCGACACAGAACGACUGUUGUGUCAAGGUCUCAUUAAGGAUCCGCCCUCAGAUGGCGAAGGAGAAGAUCGAGGGGUGCCACAUCUGCACGCUGGUGACCCCCGGAGAGCCCCAGGUGCUGCUGGGAAAGGACAAGGCCUUCACCUACGACUUCGUGUUCGACCUGGAGGCGCAGCAGGAGCAGAUCUACUCCGCCUGCGUGGACCGGCUGAUCGAGGGCUGCUUCGAGGGCUACAACGCCACCGUGUUCGCCUACGGACAGACGGGCUCUGGGAAGACCUACACCAUGGGCACGGGCUUCGACGUGAACGUGACGGAGGAGGAGCAGGGCAUCAUCCCGCGGGCGGUGCGCCAGCUGUUCCAGGGCAUCGAGCGGCGGCGGGCGGAGGCACAGAGCGGGCGCGUUCAGUCCCCCGAAUUCAAAGUCAGCGCCCAGUUCCUGGAGCUCUACAACGAGGAGAUCCUGGACCUGUUCGACAGCACGCGGGACCUGGACGCUCGGGGCAGGAAGUCCAACAUCAAGAUCCACGAGGACGCGGGCGGGAGCAUCUACACCUCGGGGGUCACCUCCCGUCUGGUCAACUCUGAGGACGAGCUCCUGCAGUGUUUGAAGCUGGGGGCUCUCUCUCGCACCACCGCCAGCACCCAGAUGAACGCUCAGAGCUCCAGGUCUCACGCCAUCUUCACCAUCCACCUGUGCCAGAUGAGGGUGUGUCAGCAGGGAGACCUGAUGGCCGGGGAAGAGGAGGAGAUUAACGGGGUCUCCCACGGCUCCCUCUCCCAGCCCGAGUACGAAACGCUCACCGCCAAGUUUCACUUCGUGGACCUGGCGGGGUCGGAGCGGCUGAAACGAACAGGGGCCACGGGGGAGCGCGCCCGGGAGGGCAUCUCCAUCAACUGCGGCCUGCUGGCCCUGGGGAACGUCAUCAGCGCUCUGGGAGAUCAGAGUAAGAAGGGCGGCCAUGUUCCCUACAGGGACUCUAAGCUCACCCGCCUGCUGCAGGACUCGCUGGGCGGGAACAGCCGCACGGUGAUGAUCGCCUGCGUCAGCCCCUCGGACCGCGACUUCAUGGAGACGCUGAACACGCUGAAGUACGCUAACCGCGCGCGCAACAUCAAGAACAAGGUGGUGGUGAACCAGGACAAGACCAGCCAGCAGAUCAGCACCCUGCGCGCAGAGAUCGCCCGCCUGCAGAUGGAGCUGAUGGAGUACAAAGCGGGCAAGCGUGUGGUAGGCGAGGACGGCGCGGAAGGCUUCAGCGAUCUCUUCCAGGAGAACUCCAUGCUGCAGAAGGAGAACGACGCCCUCAGGAUGCGGGUGAAGGCCAUGCAGGAGACCAUAGACUGCCUCAACAGCAGAGUCACCCAGCUGCUGUCCAACGAGGUCAACGCGCUGCUGGCCAAGUCCGGUGAUGGGAAUGAGGAAAUCGGUUCUCUAAUACAGAACUACAUCAGAGAGGUGGAGGAGAUCAGGUCCAAGCUGCUGGAGAGCGAGGCGAUGAACGAGACUCUCCGCCGCAGCCUGUCCCGGCUCUCCGCCCGCUCCUCGUACCCCUCCUCCCAGGGCCCUGUCCCGGGACUCCCUCUAGGCUCCUCCCCCACCCUCUCCAUGGAGGCGGAGAUGAGUGAUGUGAUUCGCCGAGCCCGGCAGGACCUCGAGAGGCUCAAGCAGAAAGACUGGAAACAGAGGAGGAAGAGCCCGGAGAGAGAGAAGGGUCCCCAGAAGAGAGCCAAGCUGCAUGGCCGGGAGAACAGAGGGAUGAGAAUGAACGGAGAGAGCAGAGAGACGACAGAAAACGGAGAGAACAAAGAAACACGAGCAAACGGGGAGAACAAAGAAAGGAGAGAAAAUGGGGAGAAUGGAGGGAUGAGAGAAAAUGGAGAGAACAGAGAAAGGAGAGGGAACGGGGGGAGCAGAGAGAAUGGAGAGGUUGUGAAUAAAGAGAAGAACGGGGAGGCUCCCUGGAGUGGCGGUAUCGCGGAGGAGGAUGAAGAGCAGGAGGAGAGUGGCUGUGAUGAGGACGAAGAGGAGGAGGAGGAGGAGGAAGAGGGUGGGGAGGACGAAGAGUUUGAGAGUGAUGAGAGCCUGGCCGACUCGGAUUCGGACUCUGAUGAGAAAGCAGCGGAUUUCCAGGCGGAUCUGGCGGACCUGACCUGCGAGAUCGAGAUCAAGCAGAAGCUGAUCGACGAGCUGGAGAACAGCCAGCGGCGGCUGACCAUGCUGAAGCUGCAGUACGAGGAGAAGCUGAUCCUGCUCCAGAACAAGAUCCGCGACACGCAGCAGGAGCGGGACCGCGUGCUGCACAACCUCAUGUCCAUGGAGAACUACACGGAGGAGAAGGCGAACCGGAUCCGCUCGGACUACGAGAGGCGGCUGCGGGAGAUGAACCGCGACCUGCUGAAGCUGCAGGCGGCGCAGAAGGAGCACGCGCGCCUGCUGAAGAACCAGAGCCGCUACGAGCGCGAGCUCCGCAAGCUGCAGGCCGAGGUGGCCGAGAUGAAGAAGGCCAAGGUGGCGCUGAUGAAACAGAUGAAGGAAGAGCAGCAGAGGCGGCGGAUGGUGGAGGCCAAGAGGAACCGUGAAAUCGCCCAGCUGAAGAAAGAGCAGAGGCGCCAAGAGUACCAGAUCCGGUCUCUGGAGUCGCAGAAGCGGCAGCAGGAGCUGGUCCUGCGCAGGCGGACCCAGGAGGUGACGGCGCUCCGGCGGAUGGCCAGGCCGAUGUCGGAGCGCGUGGCGGGCAGGGCGACCCGCCGGGGGGCGGCGCCGCUGGACUCGGGGGCGGAGCUCUCGGGAAGCACCGCCUCCUCCGAGCCCGACGCGGCCCGGUCCGUCUCCAGCAUCGUGCGCCAGUGGAACACCAAGAUCAACGGCUACCAUGGAGACGGCGAGAGCCCGGUCAGCGUCAACGGAGUGCGCAACCCUGGCAGGAGGAAGGUCCUGAGGAAGGGCGUGGGGGCGGGGCUGGGGGCGGGGCACUCCCGGUCCGCCCGGCAGAAGUGGCAGGCGCUGGAGAGGAGGAUCAUGGACAUCGUCAUGCAGAGGAUGACCAUCACCAGCGUGGAGGCCGACAUGGACCGGCUCAUCAAGAAACGCGAGGAGCUCUCCGUCCAGCAGGAGGUGCUGCAGCGCAAGCGGGAGAAGCUGCUGGCGGAGGCGUCCGAGGAGGAGGAGGAGGAGGAGCCGCAGCGCCUCCUGCAGGAGGUGAACGAGGAGAUCGAGGUGCUCAACGCCAACAUCGACUACAUCAACGACAGCCUGUCUGACUGCCAGGCCACCAUCGUCCAGAUCGAGGAGACCAAGGAUGAGCUGGACUCGGUGGACACCUCUGUGGUCAUCAGCUCCUGCUCCCUGGCGGAAGCACGCCACCUGCUGGACCACUUCCUGAAGGCCUCCAUCGACAAGGGACUGCAGGUGGCGCAGAAAGAGGCCCAGAUCCGGCUGCUGGAAGGCCAGCUGAGGCAGACGGACGUGAUUGGCUCCUCACACAAUCACGUGAUCCUGGACGCUCUCCGGGAGAAGGCGGAGUACAUCCCGGAGCUGCAGGCGCUCAUUCACAACGUCCAGCAGGAGAAUGGAUACGGCAGCACAGAUGAGGAGGCGUCUGAGUUCAGCCAGGCGUCAGAAGGCAGUCUGUCCCAGUCCUGCCAGAUGAAGGGCUCUGCCAGUCAGGAUGAUUUCAAGCUGAAGGUGGAGCCGCGGCUGUCGGUGCAGAUGAAGGCGGUGUCGGCGGAGUACCUGGGCCCCGUCAUGGACGCCGCCACGCGGAACAUCACCAAGUCGCUGGCCUCGCUCACGGACAUCCACGAGGAGGGCCUGGGCCUGUCCCUGGCGGAGAGUCACUACAGGGAGCGCGUGUCCCGCACCAUCAGCCUGCCUGUCCGCGGGCACACCUUUCCCAGGCAGUCUCGCGCUUCAGACACGUCCCCUCUCACGCGGAGGAAGUCGUAUGACCGUGGGCAGCCUUACAGACCACCUGACGUGGUGGGGUACACUCCCCCCUCGUCCCCCCCUCUGCGGCCCCGAAACGACCGCAACGUGUUCUCCCGCCUUACCAGUCACCAAAGCCAGGGGUCAGCGUUGGACAAGUCGGAUGACAGCGACUCCUCUCUGUCGGAGGUGUUCAGGGGGGUGAUCAGCCCCAUGGGGGGGCUGAAGGGGGGCAGGACCGCCCCCCUGCAGUGUGUAUCCGUGGCAGAGGGACACUCCAAACCGGUGCUCUGUCUGGACGCCACCGAUGAGCUGCUCUUCACGGGAUCCAAAGACCGCACCUGUAAGAUGUGGAACCUGGUGACAGGGCAGGAGAUCAUCACGCUGAAGGGCCACCCCAACAACGUGGUGUCCGUCAAAUACUGCAGCGGCUCCUGCCUGGUGUUCACCGUCUCCACGUCCUACAUCAAAGUGUGGGACGUCCGCGAUUCGGCCAAGUGUGUGCGCACGCUGACGUCUUCGGGUCAGGUGGUCUCAGGGGACGCCUGUGCCGGAACCACGACCCGGACGAUUACCGUGGCCCAGGGGGAAUGCCAAAUCAACCAGAUCGCCCUCAACCCGGCCGGGACCGUGCUGUACGCUGCGGCCGGCAACACCGUCCGCACCUGGGACCUCAACAGGAUGCAGGCCAUGGGGAAGCUGACGGGCCACAUCGGGUCGGUGAUGUGCCUGACAGUGGGCCGCUCCACCCGGGGGAAGGACCAGGUCAUCACAGGGUCAAAGGACCACUAUGUCAAAGUCUUCGACGUGGCAGAGAGCAUGCUGGGUAAUAUAGGCCCUGCCCACAACUUCGAGCCCCCCCACUAUGACGGCAUCGAGUGCCUGGCCAUCCAGGGCGACGUGCUGUUCAGCGGCUCCAGGGACAACGGGAUCAAGAAAUGGGAUCUGGAGCAGCAGGAACUGAUCCAGCAAAUCCCGAACGCGCACAAGGACUGGGUGUGUGCCCUGGCCCACGUGCCGAACCGCCCCAUGCUGCUCAGCGGCUGCCGGGGGGGCAUGCUGAAGGUGUGGAACGUGGACAACUUCACCCCCAUCGGGGAGAUCCGGGGGCACGACAGCCCCAUCAACGCCAUCUGCACCAACUCCAAGCAGAUCUUCACCGCCUCCAGUGACUGCCGGGUGAAGCUGUGGAACUACGUGCCGGGACUCACGCCCUGUCUGCCACGCCGCGUUCUGGCCAUCAAGGGCCGCGCCACCAGCCUCCCAUGAGCCUCUACUAACACUGCCCCCUCUGGCAACCUCCGCGACAUGUCGGUGAAGAUCUGGCUGUGGAAGAUGAGCAGGGAGAGGUGACAGUCUGAUUGGUCGGGGUUGUGGUUGCCACGCAGAGGGCCUUUUCCGGAAGGGCCCACGCACAGCGACGCUCGGGAAGCGGGGCGGCCGACAGCCCGAAUCCCGACUGGGAAUCUCUGGGCUGACGGACCGGACUACAGGAUUCCCGAAAGAUGGAAAGAUAAUCAGAGAGUCCUGCUAACCAUCCUAAGUCUCUCUACAACUUUGCUUUUUUCUAUUUUUUAUUCCUCAAAAAGAGCCUAGUUGCUCACUUUCCGUUAUGUAUAGAGGAUCAAGUUUUUAAAACAAACCCAGUGGUGAAAAGAACGAGUGAAAAAGUUGGUUCAGUUCAGUUUUCUUCUCACUUUUCUUUAUAAGAGCUGAACUAUGGUGACUCGUGUUGGAGGCACUGCAUACAGCCACAUACCCCUUCACCCUUCAGCAACAUUCCGGAAUAAUUCCUGUUCUGUUUUAAAAAGCAUCUUCAUGUGAGACAACAAAAAAACUGCCCUUUACAGAAAAGUGUCCUUCUGUACUGAGCCUGGGGUGUAUCUAUAAUCCUAAGACAUUUCUGGACAGAGCUGCUCGGUAAAUAGUAUUAUUUAUUUAUUUAUUUAUUUAGUAAUUUUUUUGGGGCCCAGUACUCACCCUUGUGGGACCUCCAGGUGGGGAAUGUGCUUCUGCCUCCAGUGAGCUGAUCAUGUUUGACUGACCUCUUGACCUCUGACCUCCCCGUGUGAGGUCAUUUCCUGGUGGGACCCCAGAGGAGUGACCGUUCUUUAGAACUGGAGGAGGGUGGUGCUGAAGGUUGUAUGUGGGGGGGGGGGGGUGGUGGAGGGGGUGUUCUCUUAGAGCUGCGGUGGCAGCUGAAACAGGGUUUAUGGUGUUUAAUGAUGUAGUGUGACUGUGCGGGACUCUGCCCUGCUCAUGUUCCAUUAUCUCCAGCGGACCCACGAAGAGGACGUCUUCAGUUCCUCCCUCCUCUGCGAUUCCCUCCCGGGGGACUUAAUGCUCCUGAGGGCAGCGCAGCUCCAGACUGCGGCAGAACUCCAGGGAGGGCUCUCCUCCGCGUUCUCCUCCGCGGAGGCACACUCCUCUCCCCCGUGCUCUUCUCCUUCUGUUUUAUUCAGAGUUUUCUUUUCUACCUCGAAUGGCAGGCGGAGCUGGAGAGGAUGGAGGCCUGGUGUGUGUUUAAAUCCGUUGUGUUAUGCCUGUGCUCAGUGUCUUACGAUGUCAGUGCCCCCCACCCCCACCCCCCCUCCUCUCUGUGCCAGACCGGCUGGUCUGUUUAGAGACCCCCCAGGACUGAGACUCUCAGCCGGGCCGGGCGCAGCGGGGUCGUGUGCAGAAGGCGCAGCCGCUCGGCGUGGCGGGGGGGGGACAUGUGGCUUCACAGCGAGGGGCGGAGUCUGGGCGGCGGCGGAGCAGAGCUCCAAUCCGCCGCCACCCGCCAACUCCCGCCACCUCCCGCUGCCGUGGAAACGACUCGCCGCCGCGCGGAUCUUCGCCGGAGUCUGCGGCUGAGCUUUCUGGGAGAUCAGCUCUGUUCAGCAACAGGAGACCCAGGCAGCUGUUCGCUUCCUCCCCCGGAGGGCUGCCGCAAAGGCUUAUGGGCCCCCGCGAAAGAACCCUCACCCCCUAACGGGACACGGUAGACCCAGUAAACGGGGAAAACAUUUACAACAAAAAAAAAAUCCUCAUCCUUGGCUGUUUACUCAGAGCAGAAUUAUCCAGGAGGUGUGGGUAGACUCGGCGGGGCACAGGGGGGCUGUGCGGGGCUGUUGCUGGAUAUGAGGUGGACCGGGCUGGGAAUAGCACGGUCGCGGUUUUAAUGAAGUGGGGAGCCGCAGCGGGUCUUCAGUCGCGCGGCCCGGAGGGGAAGUGUGGGGGCGGCUGCUGGCUCCUGCUAGCGCACCUCUGUGUAUUUAUAGGCCGCCCCUCGGCCCGCUCGCUGCCGAGCUCCUCCGCGGACCAGAUUUACCGCAUUUUUAAUGAAAGCUAUUCAUCAUCCGCCGUCUCUCUGCAGGCGUCCACAGGUCGCCCCUGUUCUGCGUGAGAUUUGGGUUUUUCCUGAGAGCAGACUGCGCCCCCAGCCCCCCCCCCAGCACCGUACCUCUCCCGCCCGCCCCCCCCCCAGCGCUGAACCACUCCUAUAAGGCUUCACUGCAUUAUUUAUCUGGGCUGUGCCAGUGUAAACGCUCUCAGCCAGCAGGGGGUUUUUUUUUCAUUCUCUGAAGUUUAUAUAACCAAGCAGAGUCGUCUGAGUGUAAGUUACGUUUCUCCCCAUCAUCCACAAAAGGUUCUCAGGUGUCCUUUUACCUGCCAAAGGGGGGGGGGGGGGGUGCUUUGGAUCUGGAAUAGAGGGUCCCCCGUAAUGACACCUGUGAAGCCUCUAUGUUCAUUUUAACAGGGUUCUUCUGUGAUGCUGUUUACUACCUGUCCGCAUUUCAAAAUGGCGAACACUAAUGAGGAGAGAAACCGCUGAGAUGCAUGUGCAGUAGUUUCCAGCGUUUUCCGCGCAGACAGAGCCCUGCGGAUUUCAGACGUAUUUCAGGAAGUGAAAAUCACUGUAAUCUUGAGUUCGACGCCGUGUUUGUCAGCUUCUCACCGCUCCACUGGUCUCCUGGACGACUCGGAGCCUCAGCUCACUGGAUGACUUAAGGCCCUCUGAGGGGUGUGGGGUUUGGGAAUAAUUACAGGUUCAGGCUCAUCCGAGCCGCACUGCGGAGGGAACAUCUUACCCAGGAAAAACACCUUUCUGCGCAGUAUUAUGACUGGCUGCCCUGGAAAUGGGGUUUCGUCGUGUUUUUUUGGGGGGGGGGGGAGAAGCAAGCCUUUCCCGCACCUCUGGUGGCUCAGACGAGGUCGCUUUGUCCUGAAAGAAACCGGAGAAUUAGCGCUGGUGCUAAGUGACAUGCCCAUCUGCGCUUUCUGGCACUGGAAUCACAUGCUGGAAUUUAUUUGAGGAACGGUGGAGGGAGGGAGGGAGAGAGGGAGGGAUGGAAUGUUGUGUACACUCCCCCGCCCCCACCCUCCCCCCCCCAGCGCCGCAGCUCUAAUGAAAUCACUCAUCCGUUUCCACGGUGCCCCUGCUGGUAGUCUCCAAGGUGUCUGUUGACUGCCAGUGAUGGUGGAUUGAGUCACACGGAGACCCCUUGGGUGCUUCAUAAAUGGAGCCAAUGCUACACUUGAAUAUUUAUUUUUAAUGAAAAAUGUUUUUUCUUUUUUUUUUUUUUAAAUUCUAUUGAUUUACUAUUUUAUGUCCCUGCUAUUGCUGACUGUCCUGCAGUGCUGUGUCAAAAGCUUGGUAGCAGUCUUAAUGUUUGCCUGAUCAGUGUAAGCUAGCUGUGGAGAGAUGCUGUCUCGUAUGUACACAGGACUGCGCAGCGGGUGUGUGUAAUCUGUAAGUGUGUGUUCUCCGGCCCUCUCUGCUGCCGACCAAUGGGAUCUGCAGGAUCUGGCGGUGAUACCUGGAGAGCGCUACCUGUAGAUCAGCCGAGUUCCUAACGAGCACUUAACGAGAAUAUAAUGAGUAUUUAACGAGUACCUGACGAAUGCAUCGUGUCCACCUAAUGAGUACCUAUCGAAUGCAUCCUGUACCUAACGAGUACCUAGAAAGUGCAUCAUGUGUAGCUAAUGAGUACCUAACGAGGACCUAACGAGUACCUAAUGAGUAGCUAGUAUGGCCCUGGUGUGUUGCCUUCAGUAGUCGGUGAUGGUGAUGUGUCAGAGGGCAGCGUUCUCAGUCUUAUUUAUGCUGAGGGUCGGUAAUAACGGCCUGCUGCCUUCUGUGCACCAGAAAGCCUUAUGACGCUGUUUCUGUAGCGCCCCCUGCAGGCCCGUCGGCAAACAGCCUGAUUCCGCGAGCCUCGUCUCAGCUCCUCCUCCCUGCGCUGAGAGGGGAGGCGGCUUCAUGAGGAACUGCCAGCGUUGUGUGGCCCUGUGCCAAGCUCUGCUUCAAACGGUGCCACCGUUUUCUGCAAAAUGUCCUCUCUUCAAAACGAUGGCCCUUUACUGGCGGUACCGAAACACGCACCAGGUAAAUUCUGGAAAAAAAUGUUCUAAAAAAUAAGAAACCUUUAUGAAAGGUACGUGGGAAUAUACGCACCUUUCAUAAAAAUAAACUUAGAGACCCGUAAGUUUAUAUUUAAGGAGUGUACAGCUCUCUCUGCCCCUGUGGGGACUGCAGGACAUGCACAGGGAUGGUGUUCAGUCCUAAUUAAAUCCAUCAGAGAGAGAGAGAAAUAGAAACAAGUGGAAGCUUCCCCCACGCAUGCCUCUGUGUGUGUGUGUGUGCAUGUGUGUGUGUGCGUGUGCGUGAGUGUGUGCGUGUACGUGCAUGUGU